AUGAAGGCUUUAAUUCUUGUCGGCGGCUUCGGCACGCGUCUCCGCCCUCUUACUUUGACCCUGCCGAAACCCCUCGUCGAGUUCGGUAACAAGCGCAUGAUCCUGCACCAAAUCGAGGCGCUCGCUGCCGCUGGUGUUACCGACAUUGUCUUGGCCGUGAACUACCGCCCUGAGAUUAUGGAGAAAUACCUGGCCGAGUACGAGGAGCAGUUUGGCAUCAACAUUACCAUCUCGAUUGAGAGCGAACCCCUUGGCACAGCCGGCCCCCUAAAGCUCGCCGAGGCGGUCCUGAGCAAAGACGACACUCCGUUCUUUGUGCUCAACUCAGAUAUUACCUGCGAAUACCCGUUCAAGGAGCUUGCCGCAUUCCACAAGUCGCACGGCGACGAGGGCACCAUUGUCGUGACCAAGGUGGAGGAGCCGUCAAAGUACGGUGUCAUUGUCCACAAGCCCAGCCACCCCUCGCGUAUCGACCGCUUCGUCGAGAAGCCUGUCGAGUUCGUCGGCAACCGUAUCAAUGCCGGCAUCUACAUCUUCAAUACCUCGGUGUUGGACCGCAUCGAGCUGCGGCCCACCUCAAUCGAGCAAGAGACAUUCCCGGCCAUGGCCGCAGACGGCCAACUGCACUCCUUUGAUCUGGAGGGCUUCUGGAUGGACGUUGGCCAGCCCAAGGACUUCUUGACUGGCACCUGCCUCUACCUCUCUUCCCUCACCAAGAAGGGCUCCAAGCUUCUGGCGUCGUCCAGCGAGCCGUACGUGCACGGCGGCAAUGUCCUGAUCGACCCCUCUGCCAAGAUCGGGAAGAACUGCAGGAUAGGGCCGAACGUGACGAUCGGCCCCGACGUCGUGGUGGGCGACGGCGUUCGAUUGCAGCGUUGCGUGCUGAUGGCUGGCUCCAAGGUCAAGGACCACGCCUGGAUCAAGAGCACCAUCGUCGGCUGGAACAGCUCGGUGGGCAGGUGGGCUCGUCUCGAGAACGUGACAGUCCUAGGCGACGACGUUACCAUCGGCGACGAGAUCUACGUCAACGGCGGCAGCGUACUGCCGCACAAGACCAUCAAGGCCAACGUCGACGUGCCCGCCAUCAUCAUGUAA